UUCCUACAUAAUAUGCAAUGUGUUAAAAACGUAAUUAUUUGUUAGCCAUUUUGUGAGGUGCCAUUUGAACUGGAAAUUCAGGUAUUUCAUCUUUCUGGGAAAGAACUGGGAAAGAGGUAUCAACAGUACUCUAUGGUGUAUUAUAGAUGGAUUCUUCUCAAAGUAAAUGCAAGCAAAGCAAAGCACAACUCAAUAAUGAAAUGAUUAAGAGGUCUUUUCUACCAUUACUAAAUAGUUUAAGGUUUUUAAUCCAACAGCCGAAUUUAGAGACAUCUACAAAUCAUCUAUUUCUGUUGACAGUAUUUUACAAGGAGUUUUUAAAAAAAGAUAGUUUUUUGUAUGUUAUAAAAAGGGGAAUCCUUGUCAUCUUAGUCAAAAGGUAAAGGAGAGGCCGCAGAAAAUGGAUUAAAGGAAAAGGAACGUGCAGAGCAGCAUGGAAUUCCAGCAGCUGCAGUGCAGUCGCAGGAUUUUGAAGAAUAAACAAAUGGUGGGGUCUGUGCUGUCAUCACUGGUUACUGGGUGGAGUACUGUUAUUAAAUCUCUUUGAGACAAGCAGGAAGAAAAAGGAAACUGAAAGAGAGGCAGCACAGAGAGGAGGGAUAAAUAUAACUCAAAAACUUCAGAGGGACGAACACGUUAUAUUUAAAUACCGGAAGGACAAAGAGACAAAAACUAGGAAAGCGGAUAACAAAGGGAGCUCCAUAACAGCAUGUAAGAUGAGAAGCGAUUCAAUAAUGAAUGAAGCUGUUCUUCUUCCAGUGAUCCAAAUAGGAGCUGGAAAGAGUUUGUCCAGAGCAGAGUUUCUGUCACUGCUGAACACAUACAACUGCUUUUUGAAGGACCAGACCCAACUUCACCUCACCUACACUCAGGCAGAAGAUAAACAGGUGAUUGUGGAAGGUUUUUUGAAUAUCUCCUGGGGAGUAAGGAGACCCAUCCGGCUGAAAAUACAGGAUGAAAAACAAAUCCCCCAGAAUUCACCUGACCCCACCAGUCCAGUCAGCCCAUUAGGGAGCAAGAGCAGUAUCUCUCGAUGGGGAGAAUACAUUGAUCUUCACCAGAUAGAUGAGAUCUCUGAAACAGCACAUGAAACUGUGAUGAAGGAUCCCACACCAGGCUCUGUUCCUUAUGAGAGUGCUACCCUGCGUCCUACAAGACGCAAGAAUCAAGAACUGGAGUUGGAGUCUAACCUAUUUCGCUGUAUGAGCGAUGCGUCAUUAGUGAAGAGGAGGAGGCGAAAGGGAAAGUCAGCAGCACAAAGAGAGACUGAAAGACAGCACCGCUUCUCCAUAAACGGACACUUCUAUAACUAUAAAACCUCCAUCUUCACACCAUCUUUUGGUACUUCAACUAAAGUGCGAAUCUCCAGCAGGAUGACCACUAACCAAGUCAUUGAGCAGCUUUUAAAUAAGUUCAAGAUAGAGAAUGAUCCAGAGGAGUUUGCUCUGUAUUGCAUUCAUCAGAGUGGAGAGAAGAGGAAGCUGAGCAACAAAGAUCUACCACUGUGGGAGCGGGUUCUGUAUGGGCCCUCUGAUGACAUCAUGAAGAUCUUUCUGAUGGACAUGCAUGAAGAGGAAGUCAGCAAUGAUGUUGCUCAGUAUCUGAACUUGGAGCACUCAAUUCUGGAGCAGGUUCUUCUGCACCUCAAAGAGGAAGAGAACAGAGAAAUACAGAGUGUAAUCAUUAAGUACCAGCACCAGCACAAACAUCUGUCUCAUGUGCUGAGCUCCAAAAUGUCCCCUCACACUGAGACUACUGUGUGAAAGCACCGUCCAGCCAUCCAUCCAUCCAUCCAUUUCUAAACCUUCUUAUUCAUGGUCAUGGGGUUGCUGGAGCCUACAAACCUGCAGUUGGGUGAAGGCGGGUACAUCCUAGGGAGUUUGCCAGUCCAUCAUAGCGCCACACAAUUUGUAGGGCCUGGAAAAAAAACACACAUGCAGAAAGAACUAUGCAAACGACACACCAGGACGGAUUUGAACCAGGACCCUUUCACUGUGAGACAAGAGUGCUAACCACUAUACCACCCUCCAGCCAACGGCACAUUUUUGCAUUUUUUUAUUAAAGAUAAAAUUCUAGGUUUUGAUGUUAAAAAGUCAAGUUUUGUUUUCUUAGAACACAUUCUAUUAAACAUAUGAUGCUUCCAUAUCAAGUC